AAAAAAGGCUAGGCUAGACGAUUGUAGAAGUCACACCUGUCCACAGGAAAUAACCCAUCUGCGAAGGCUGCAUUGUAGGCCUGAAUCAAUAUGUCCAUGUUCACAUUGUCUGGCUGAGUCUGGUUCCACCAACUACAAUGGCGGGAAUCUGCUUAUCGAACAAGAGGAUUAUUGCUGCACAUAUCCGAUAUCGUUCUCCCGCCACUUUUUGUCUGAAUUAUAGAGGUGUGAGCAUUGACCAUGACCUUUUCAGGGUUGUCUUUAUCUUGAUUGUCGACAGAUUCCGUCAAAUUACACUACCGCUCUCAAAGUGCAACCAUGGUGGUCUUCCUCAUUCUGAGUCUCCGAUAACAGCAGUGAUCACCCCUCUUCGAACUCGGGCAAUGAGCCCACACAGAACGAGCUACGGGCGUCGCAUGAGCCAACGGGACAUUGCUGAAAGGUAUGUCAGGUCGGCGUGAUGCGUUGAUAUAGCGCAGGCCGCUGUGGGUGAUUCGGAGCCGGGGCCAGUCAA